AUGUCAAUCGCCACUCCCCCGGCGUCCGCCACAUAUGGUCCGCCCCAAGUGCGGACAGAUGAAGAGCAAACGGUCACGUUCACAGAGCCUGAUAUGGAGAAACUAGGUCGAGAAAGACCACAAAUAUUUGCUAGUCUUUUCUCUGAGAUAUGUUUCAUUUUCUCGAUCGUCAUGAGCCAGAUUCUGGCUGAGUUCUUCAUCACCGGAUCGAACGUCUUGACCCCUAUUCUCGUAAGAGAAUUGAAUAUUCCGGCAGCAUCGACGAUAUGGCCAACCACGGCUCUCUCGCUCGUCAUUUGUGCUACUCUUUUGAUAUGGGGGCGUUUGACCGACAUGUACGGAGGUUACCUAGUCUUCAAUGCCGGUGCAAUCUGGCUCUGUAUAUCCUCAAUCAUUGCUGGGUUCUCACAGUCAUGGCUGAUGUUGAUUUUCUUCCGCGCAUGCCAAGGAUUAGCACUCGGUGCUUUGCUGCCCUCCGGCAUGAUGAUUCUCGGUAGCACAUACAGACCUGGUCCUCGAAAAAAUCUCGUCUUUGCUCUCUAUGGCGCCUGUGCUGCUCUAGGGUUCUUCGUGGGAUUUUUCGUUUCUGGCCUUGCCGGUCAGUACCUCAGCUGGCGAUGGUAUUUCUUUAUCGGGGCUAUCCUUUCCGCCGUUAUGGGCGUCUCUGCUAUCUUCUCGAUUCCAAAGGAUUAUGCCGAGAAGAAGGAACUCGGCAUUCGAAUGGAUUGGGCCGGCCUCGUUUUGUCUAUUGUUGGGUCUACAUUUCUGGUUUUCUCGAUUGCAGAAAGCUCAUACGCGCCCAAUGGAUGGCGAACACCCUAUAUUCCAGUGUUCUUUUGCUUAGGAGUCAUCACUUUCGCGGUAUUCGCUUAUAUUGAAGGCUGGGUGGUGCACAACCCAUUGCUGCCAGGAGAUGUGUUCCAUGUGAAACACCUGAAAGCGCUCCUCUUCUCUCUGCUUUGUCUAUACGGCAGCCUGGGCAUAUUUCUCCUUUAUGGUGUUCUAUACAUGUCCGAAUUCAUGGGUGCAAGCCCGUUGCAGAUUGUCGCCUGGACCGUGCCAAUGGCAGUUGGUGGCCUAUUUCUUUCAGUAACGGGUGGCUUUAUUCUCCACAAGGUUUCUGGGACAAUUCUGAUGAUCAUUUCAUGUCUCGGAUACGUUGGAUCAGGCCUAUUAUUCGCAGUUGUUCCGGUCGGCGGCAACUACUGGGCUUACGUAUUUCCCGCCAUGAUCUGUGGCACAAUCGCCAUCGACAUUUCGUUCAAUAUUGCCAACAUUUUCAUCACGACUACAAUGCCAAAGUCCCGGCAAGGUAUCGCGGGGGCACUCCCUUACUGUACCAUGCAUAUGGGGAUCGCGGUUAUGCUUGGCUUCGCGGACAUCGUGGAAACUCAAACCAAGCACUUGGGAGAGCGCGAGAGUUAUAAGGCGGUAUUCUGGUUCCAGACAGGGCUAGCUAUCCUUGGGCUACUUAUUGCUGUGUUCUUUGUGAGAAUCAAAAAUGCAGAGAGCGAAUUGACUGCCGACGAAAAGCAGCAACAGAACAGGGUGGAAGGCGACACAGCGAAGAAAGGGGAGGUUUAG